UAACUGUCAUCUGUCAUUCUUCCUUUCCAAUUUCCAUCCAUUUUUUCUGAUUUCAGAAAAUAAUUUGUUUGUCGUAAGUGAACUGAAGUGAACGGUACCGCGCGGCUACUUUUCCAGUUUAUUAAAGUGUGUUUUAGAUUUUCAGCAAUACUUUAAUAAUUGUUGUAAAGGAACUACCUAUUAAUUAUCAUGUCGGAAAAGCAUCUUCAAGCCGGUGACGUGCUGCCACCUUACAAUGGGAAGCUGCGGCUGUUUGCUAUGAGGUUCUGCCCGUAUGCUGAAAGGAGUGUCCUCGUAUUGAACGCUAAAGGAGUCGAGUACGAUCUUGUCUUUGUUAACCUGGAUCACAAACCCGAAUGGCUGUUUAGCUUCAGCCCUAAAGGCACGGUUCCUGCUCUUGAAUACGAACAAGGCAAGGCUAUAUUUGACAGCAACAUUAUAAAUGUAUACUUGGAUGAGAAGUACCCUGAGAAACCCCUUCAGUCUACGGACCCACUACGCAGGGCUCAAGACAAGAUGAUUGUGGAGAACUUUGCUGCUGCUCAAUCUGCUUUCUACACAGCAGCAUACAACUCCCAAGCCCUCCAACCCAACAUGGUUGAGAACUACCACAAGGGUCUUGAAGGGCUACAAAAAGAGAUUGAAGUGCGCGGAACCAAAUUCCUUCAUGGCGACGAAGCUGGCUUGGUAGACUUCACCCUUUGGCCAUUCUUGGAGCGUUUCCUGUCUCUGCCGUUGCUGGGAAAGACCGAGUUUGCUAUUGAUUCCUCCAAAUAUGCCUUGCUGUUGACAUACAUUGAGGCGAUGAAGACCGUGCCAGCUGUGAAGUCCUACUGCCUGGCUCCUGAGACACACGCCAAGUUCACCGAGUCUCGCGCCAAGGGAGACCCCGACUAUAACAUGCUGGACACCAGUGCAGUCUGCUGCAUGCGUCCCAGGAAGAAGAAGGAGCCGCGUCACUGUGAAAAUCAAGUUCAAAACAUGAUCGCGUCGACAAUAAGCUUGGCGUCCCACAUUCUGGUUUCGUCGUUCAAGCUGCUCACUCCGGUCACACAAGCAUUGGAGUACGUAGUGCCUUACUUCAGCAUGUCUCCGAAAAUCGACUUUAAUUCCAAGCAUUUGGCUAAAGGCGAUCCCCUGCCCCCAUACAAUGGCAAGCUACGCGUGUACAACAUGCGCUUCUGCCCGUACGCCCAGCGCACCAUCCUGGCGCUCAACGCCAAGCAGGUAGACUACGAGGUCAUCAACAUCGACCUGGUGAACAAGCCUGAGUGGCUGUUCAAGAAGAGUGGAUUUGGUAAAGUUCCUGCGAUAGAAGUCAAAGAAGACGUUUGUAUCUACGAAAGUUUGGUGACAGUGGAGCUCAUCGACGAACUUUAUCCGCAGCGUCCCUUGAUUUCUAAGGAUCCUAUUAGAAAAGCCUUCGAUAAGAUCAUCAUUGAAGCUCUCGGACCAGUCCAAGUAUUGAUGUUCAAGGCCUUCAAAUUCCCUGACACUAUCACGGACGAUAUGGUGGCAGCGUACAACAAAGCGCUGGCCUUCUUCCAAGAGCAGCUUCAGAGCCGAGGCACGCAAUUCCUUGCCGGCAGCGAGCCUGGCUUCGUAGACUACAUGAUCUGUCCGUGGUUUGAGAGGAUACUAUGCGUCCAAGAUAUGAAACCUCUGGUCAUUGAUGCGAAUAAAUAUAAAUUGUUGCUGGACUAUUUAGAUCUCAUGCUAAAGGACCCGGCCGUCAGUCAGUACGUGAUACCCAAAGACGUUCUCCUGAAGUUUUUGGAAGGCUACCGAACUGGGCAGAUCGAUUAUGACUCUUAUUUUACCUCCGUAAAGUCCAACAUUUAAAUUAGUUAGAAAAGUUAAUUAUUGACCGUCCUAUCUGAGACAAAGUAUGAAAGGCUGGCGCAAUCUGCCAAAAACUAAUCCGUAUUUUCGUCAACUAUUCGCGACGUCUCCAGUGUCUCCAUACUGGCCAGACAAAUGUUAUAGGAAAUUAAAAUCUAGUCAUAGUAACGAACAUACCCUAAUGAAAUCAAA